CAAGGUCCCGGAGCAAGUGGGCGGAGGUCGGAAGCAUGGAGCGUGGCCGCGGCAAGGAGGGUGGCCUGGGGCGCACGGUGUGCGUGCUGACUGGGGCUUCCCGCGGCUUCGGCCGGGCGCUGGCCCCGCUCCUGGCCCCCCUGCUGUCAGCCGGUUCCGUGCUGGUCCUCAGCGCCCGCGACGACGAGGCGCUGCGGCAGCUGGAGGCCGAGCUGGGCGCAGCGCGGCCGGGCCUACGCGUGGUGCGGGUGCCCGCCGACCUGGGCGCCGAGGCCGGCUUGCAGCAGCUUCUCGGCGCCCUGCGUGAGCUCCCCAGGCCCGAGGGGCUACAGCGAGUGCUGCUCAUCAACAACGUGGGCACUCUUGGGGAUGUGUCCAAAGGCUUCGUGGACCUGGCUGACUCAACUGAAGUGAACAACUACUGGGCUCUGAACUUGACCUCCAUGCUCUGCCUGACUUCUGGCAUCCUGAAGGCCUUCCCGAACAGUCCUGGCCUCAGCAGGACCGUGGUUAACAUUUCGUCCAUCUGUGCCCUGCAGCCUUUCAAGGGCUGGGCACUGUACUGUGCGGGGAAGGCUGCCCGUGACAUGAUGUUCCAGGUCCUGGCCACAGAAGAACCGAGUGUAAGGGUGCUGAGCUAUGCCCCAGGUCCACUGGACACAGACAUGCAGCAGCUGGCCCGGGAGACCUCCGUGGACCCAGACUUGCGAAAAAGGCUGCAGGAGCUAAAGACAAAGGGGGAGCUGGUGGAUUGCAAGAUGUCAGCCCAGAAACUGCUAAGCUUGCUGCAAAAGGACGUGUUCAAGUCUGGAGCCCAUGUUGACUUCUACGAUAAAUAAGCCCAUGUCCUUGG